AUGGACGACUCAGUACCAGAGUACAGCUCUUGGGCUUCGAUCCUGGGUGUCGCUGCCCCCGCGGUCAUCCAGAGCUUGGCCGCACCGCUCACCAGCACCCUCCAGACCGCCUGGCUGGGCCUGUAUGGGUCCCCUGCCCUUGCAGCAUAUGCGGCUGUGAACACCAGUGCGACCUUUGCCCUCAAGAUCUUUGUAUUUUUCGGUGACGGCGUCUCUGCCAAAGUGGGAAACCUGGUGGGCCAAAAAGACUGGCACGGCCUCUUCAUCACCGUCCUCUUGUCCCUUCUCUGGUCGGCGUCCUUGGGCACGGCGGCGGCCUGCGUCCUGCUCCUGCUCAAACCCCUGGUCAUCCACCACGUCCUGGAUCUGGAGCCACGGGUGCUGGCCGUCGUGGCUGCCUACUGGACGGUGCGCGCCGCCGCAGUGCCCCUGGCCAUGACCAACAUGGCCUGCACGGGCGUCCUGCAGGGCCUGCACCGCGUGACGCUCUGCGCGGCGCUGAACACGGGCCAGGCGGUGGCGGAGUCGUGCCUCAGCGCCGCUGUCCUGCUGGGCGGGGUGCGCUUCCUGGGCGCCGGCGCCCUGGUCUCCAUGGGCUGGGCCUCGCUGCUGACCCAGGCCGCGCAGCUGGUCGCCUGCCUCACUGCUGUGCACGCUGCGCUGCCGCACCAGCACGGCAGCCUGCGCGGGGCCUGGGCGGGGGAGACCGGGCCACGACAGCCGCUGUUGGAGGAGGAGGCGGGGGAAGAUGAGCCCGCGCUUCGGCCCCCCUGCGCCGACUACCACCCCGCCAGCACCGCGCCACUGCUGGUGUCGGACGCAGGCGGUUCAGGCACGCUCCCGCCCGACGCUGCCGCAGACGGCACAGACGCCCACGCCAGCGCGCCCUCCCCCGCCAACCACCAGCAACCGCCCCCCGCCCCCGCAUCAGCGUCCCGCGCGUUCCUGGACGACGGCGUCAACAUGCUGCUGCGCUCCAUCACGCUGCAGGCCACCUUCUUCGCAGCCCUGGUCGCCGCCUCGCGGCUCGGCACCGCCGCCCUGGCAGCGCACUCCGUCGUCGCCCAGCUCUGGAUGCUCAGCGCCUACGCCGUGGACGGCUUCGCCGCCGCGGGCAUCGUGCUGGGGUCGCGCCUGGCGGGCGCCGCAGACGACUCCGACCAAGGGGGCGACGCCGCGCUCAAGUCGCUGCGCCGGCUCAUCCGCCGCUGCUGCAUGGCGGGGACCGCCUUUGGGGCGGCCACGGGCGCGACGUACCUCCUCUUCCGCCGGCCCCUCAUCCGCCUGUUCACCGGGGAUGCGGAGGUCGCGGCCCUGCUGGGGGGCAGCACCUGGACCCUGGUGGCCGCCAUGCAGCCCUGCAACGGCCUGGUCUUUGUUCUGGACGGGUUGAUGUACGCCUCCCACAAUUUCGCGUACGUCCGCGACUACAUGGCCCUGGGCUUUGCGCUGGUCUUUGCUCCGGCCUUGGCCCUGGAGCUCUGGGUCUGGCCCAGCCUGGUGGGCAUCUGGGCCGCCAAGGCCCUGUACAACUUCUGGAGGGCGGCGGGGGGGCUGAACCUGGUGCUGCGCCGCUUCGUGCGGGAGCAUCAGCCAGCUCUGUCGCUGCUCAGCCCACAUGUCCAACUCCAUGGCACCCUGUGA